ACGCUUAUAAACGUGCUAAUUACUAUUUGUUCUGUUUGUUAUUAAUUUGUUGCGUUCUCUGUUUUUUUGGUUGUUGGUUACACGUUGAAUAAUAGCUAACUUUAAUGGAGCUCGAUAAGGUUACUCCUUACAAGAAAAGCAUUCGAUGGCAAAGUUCGAUUAAAACAAAAUUUCAGUUUUUACCAUGCAAAGCGCCUGGAAUUCCUAAGAAGAUUAAGGAGCCAUUGGUUAAAAACGAACAGAAAUCCGCACAACAAACCGUUUCACUUAUUGCCACCCAGCAUAAGCCGGAAAGAGUGUUCCACUCCGAAAAGCCCGAAUAUUUUACAUCCCAACCAACGUUGUCCCUUGAGGAAGGGGAGGAAUCAGAAGCUAGUCUUCAGUUGGAAGACAUCAACGAGGAUGUAAGUCGCAUAAAACGGCGAGUAAGUCGACUGAAUCACCUUCUAGGCACCAACAUACCAGAAUGUCCGGAUAUCGAUCCCUGUAUGCAUGAUAGUUUACUAUUGAGUGACCGAAUCCACCCUGACAUCCUUCAAAUCGAGAUCUCGAAUAAUAAACUACGCUAUCAACUGAAUGAGCUCAAGUCCGUGAAGAAAUCAGCUGAUCUGGCCAUAAAAAUAGUUCGGGAGGUUUACUGCAGGAACAUGAAACUAUUUGAGCAAUUACAAAAUGGAAUUCAGCAGCUGGAGUCGUUUAUACUAAUGUUUGAGAAACACCAAGGAGUAUGCCUGCAGCGGUUUCGGUUCUUGGAAAAGGAUAAGUGCAGUGGCAGAGAACUCGAGGCAUAUAAUGAGAACAGGGCAGAGAUGACAAAAAGGCUUUUUGUUCAAUACGUGGUCAAGAAUGAUUACGAACCUCUAAGGAAGAAAGCCUUCAAAGUGUUAAGUUACCUAACGCAAGCUUCAGAAUACUUAAAAGAUCACGUAAUAACCGUAAUAAGUACGAAAAAAACUGACAUCUUUCAGAACUUAUGAACUCAAAUAAAAUUUUGUAGUGUAUUUGCCACGGUGGUACCAAUCUAAAGGAAUAAAAUAUAAAGUCCAUCCGAAA